AUGCGGCCGGACAUGGCGGCGCCCACGACUCUCGCCCGCCCAAACGCGUCGCUUCCUCACACACCCAGCUUUGAGCGUUGGGCAGGCCCCACCGCAGCCAGUCGUGACACGCCUGCGCCUGACACUCUGACCCCCGAACGCUCCUUAUUGCACCGAUCCCGACGAUCUGUUCCAAGCUUUCACCUCCCCAGCCUCCAGAAUCUCGCAGCUUCGGAGUCGUCCUCGAACCGCAAUUCCACACCCGGCGCACUGCCGCCCGUCUCUUCAGCUCCCAAUGCCGAGCGACCUCAGCAAGAGCCCUUCCCCCCAGUGCUUCGCCCUAAUGUGAGCACCAUGCCAUCGAGUGUGGCAUAUUCCGAAACCAGGACCCUGGCGAGCGAUCAAGGCCGCGCCCUGAGCGGUGCUUAUCGAUUGGGGUCCGACAACAAGGCCUCGGAGAUGGACCAGGGCCGCCCCAAGAACGAAGAUGUAUUCCUGAACAUCGCCAGGACGGACUCAGGUCGCCGCGAUUCCCUUGGACGGUCGGAUUUUAGACGGUCACGACUCGGAUAUGCCAGCCAAAGUCUCCGGUCGCCGACCACGCGUGCCGAACCAGAACAAACCCCUUCCCCCGACCAACGCUUCAGCAAUGCCGACAGCCCCUUGCUUUCGCAGAAUGGCUCGCCUACACUCCCCUAUAGCUCUGUCUCCCACUCACCAUCCGCCUCUGCCCAUCCCCUUGAUGAACCAGCCCGCUUCCGCUACUCCAGCUUGACGACUGGAUCGCGAUCAGUUUUCGGUCCCCCUCGAAGCAGACUGGGUCGGACCAGUCCAGAGACCUCUCCACGUUCGCCUGCAGUCAACGGCGAGCGACGAGCAUCUAUCCACGAUCCGCGUCUACAGCGGCAUUCCACCCUAUCUACAGUUCGAAGUAGCCGGCAAUCAGCCGCCUCCGAAGCAACAGAGCGCGUGCGCGGUGAUACGGACAAGGGGCGCGACGGGACCGAAUCCACCCUGUCGACGAACGCCCCCUCCACGGUUUGGGACGAACUGGACGACUUGAAAUCACGAAUUCGCAAACUGGAGCUCACCGGCAAAUUACCGCCAUCAUCGCAAGAAGCGAUAUCCGGCGCAGCCCAAGAAAGGCCGCGGACGGCAGCCACCACGGUGACUGCAUUGUCGACUUCGCCGAGGCACCACCGCAAAGCCAGCACGCCCUCGGCGGAUGCAGAAUAUGCCACGCAGAACCCGGUUCACCCGCUUUUGCAGUCGGCGUUGGCAAAAGCACAAAGUGUCUUGAGCAGUGACGUGUACACGACACUCGAGGCGACGAUCAAAGAUGCAUUGACGCUGUCCACCAUGUUGGGCGUCAAUACAGCUCCGUCAGGCACGGUCUCGGUCGUGAAUGGAGGAUACAGCUCCUCCGAAAGACAGGCCCGUCGUAAAGCGGACAGCGUGUGUCGUAGCCUAACUGAGCUUUGUCUGGCUUUGACCGACGCGCACCUGAAAAGGAAUCGAUCGCCUCCGAGCCAUGCUUCCGGCAUGCAGUCUCAGCGGGCGAUCGGCGGCGAGACUGAAUCCUUGCAGCCGGGGCCAUCCUCGUUUCAGCGGGCUUCCAGCCUUGAACCGGAGGGUCUUGAGCGGCGCCCAAGCACAAGCAGUCGCAUGUCUAGUCGCCUUGACGCGCGCAGACUCUCCUUGAUCAAUCCUAGCACGGCAACUACGACAGACACCAAAUCACCCCAACCCUCCAGCGUGGCUCCUCCACCGAGCCGUCUCCAUCGCGUAUCGACCUCUCUCCGCAAUCGUAGAUUCCUCACCGACGAUGAGAACUCAGAGGUAGCGACCCCGCUCAAUCGGUCCCUUUCUAGGCCCAUGACGGAGGCUGGGACACCGAGCCCAGCGCAGAGUGUAUCCCCCCGCCAGCGAUUCUCUCAUGGCCGUUCAGUAUCUCGCUCUUUCUCGGGGGCUCCUCAGCAGCAAGAGCAGGGACAAGGCAUGUCUCCUCGUACCUCGCAAUAUCCACAGUUAUCUACACCCUCUCAAACACAACCUGCUCAACCUCGAACUCCGACCUUAUCUCACACAGGGAUUCCAUUCCGCCGCAGCCUCAUGACUCCUGCUGUGUACACCCCUGCAACAUCCCGUUCCAACAUCCAGGCUGGAUCUCACCGGUACGGUCUCACAUCUAGUUUCUCCAACGCCACACCAGGCUCUACGGCCGACGAGAGCCCUCGUUCCCCCCGAAUAGAUGCACCUCAGACACGCAUCAGCGUCCCCUCAGGCAAAUCAGCUACCAGCUAUACCCCCAUUCAGCAAAAUCGCCUCCGCACCAAUAGCCUGGGUGCGCGGAGAUUCGGCCUGAGACGCCGCUCCGCAGCGGCACCCGACGACACCGUCAACUUUGACGAUAGCAUCGACUAA